AUGCAGCAUUGUUCUCAAUCUUAUUACCUGUUUAAGAAAACACAAUAUUUUUCCUUUCUUUCCAAGAUAUGGACGUUCGCAAUAGCGGCGUUGGUGGGGCUAUUGGUGCCAUGCAGUUGCACAGCGCCUGGGAGCAAAAACGUCCUGAUGAUCGUGGCUGACGACGGCGGGUUCGAGAUGCAGGUAUAUGGGAACUCCGCGUGUCGGACGCCGCACCUGGAUCAACUAGCGAAGCGCAGCACUGUCUUCACCCGCGCCUUCACGGCCGUCAGCAGCUGCUCGCCCUCGCGCUCCGCCAUCCUGACGGGGCUCCCCACGCAUCAGAACGGCAUGUACGGGCUCCACCAGGGCUACCACCACUUCAACUCCUUCGACGGCGUGAGGAGCCUCCCCGGCAUUCUGGCCGAGCACGACGUCCGCACGGGCAUCGUCGGCAAGAAGCACGUGGGGCCCGAGGCCGUGUACCCGUUCGACUUCGCGCACACGGAGGAGACCGAGUCCAUCAUGCAGGUGGGCCGCAACAUCACCCGCAUGAGGCUGCUCGUCAGGCAGUUCCUCCAGGCCAAUGACUCUCGCCCUUUCUUCCUCUACGUGGGCUUCCACGACCCCCACCGCUGCGGCCACACUCAGCCUCAGUUCGGCCAGUUCUGCGAGAAGUUCGGCAACGGCGAGCCCGGAAUGGGAUACAUACCGGACUGGCGGCCGACUGCCUACGACCCGGCGCAAGUCGAAGUGCCGUUCUUCGUCCAGGACACGCCGGCGGCGCGAGCGGACCUGGCGGCGCAGUACACGACGCUCUCCCGGCUGGACCAAGGCGUAGGACUCAUUCUGCAGGAGCUGGAGAGCGCAGGCCACGCGCAGGAUACCCUGGUCGUAUACACGUCAGACAACGGGAUCCCAUUCCCCGCCGGCCGCACCAAUCUCUACGACCCUGGCAUGGCGGAGCCCUUGCUGGUGUCUUCGCCGCUUCACCCCGCCUCCUGGGGAAACACCACGGCCGCCCUGGCGUCGCUCCUCGACCUGACCCCGACUGUCCUUGACUGGAUGAACAUUACGUACCCAAAGUACAGCAUUCUGAAGAAGGACGAGCCAGCAAUACUGACGGGGAAGUCGUUGCUGCGAUAUCUUACUCCAGAGAGCCAGAAGAGCGAGGGAGAGAGUCGACAGGAUCCACGCGGUGCUGCUGACGACGAAGAGAGGCGGGCCAACAGCGUACGGCAAGACGUGAGGCAGACGAGGCACGACCCGACGCUCACAGCAGAGGAGCUCUCGGACGCCGUGUUUGCCAGCCACGACUUGCACGAGGUCACCAUGUACUACCCGAUGCGAGCGGUCCGAACCCACACCUUCAAGCUGAUCCACAAUCUCAACUACAAGAUGCCGUUCCCCAUCGACCAGGACUUCUACCUCGCGCCGGUGUUCCAGGAUAUCCUCAACCGCACGCAGGAGGGGGCGCCGCUCCCCUGGUACAAGACGCUUCAGGAGUAUUAUUAUCGAGACGAAUGGGAGCUCUACGACCUUCUGGUCGAUCCCCACGAGCAGUUCAACGUGGCGAGGAAGGGGCGUUACCAAGGCGUCCUCAGGCUGCUGCAGGAGAAGUUGUGGGCGUGGCAGAAUGCGACUUACGACCCGUGGGUGUGUGGGCCGGGGGCGGUUCUUCAAGACAGCGGGGCCUACGCCCACCACCACCAGUGUCUGCCACUUUAUAACGGCCUCUAACAAUAAUAGGCCCAUAUGUAUUGAUGUUAAGAAGGUAAUUAGUGUUAUGCCGGCAUGCUAUGGACACAAAUGAUAUGAUGUAAGAGAUUGCAAUUAUAAUUUGGUGACAUUUAUGAUUUUGUUGUAAGUAAUUACUCUAAGUGGUAUUCCUUACAUUCGUCUUUAGUUCAUGUGAUCAGAAUAUUAUGCAAGAACAAAAUAUUAUCUAAUAGUAUAUCGUAUUUUAUUAUAGCCGACAUUUACCCGCAAUAGUAUAAAAAGGCUGAGUUAUUUGAGCAAAGUUGUAACACAGACACACACACACACACACACACACACACACACACACACACACACACACACACACACACACACACACACACACACACACACACACACACACACACACACGCACACACACGCGCGCGCGCGAGCACGUACGUACAUGAAAAUGAUAGUACAGUAUAUAAAAAUUGUGAUGAUAAUGAUGAGUGAAAUAAUAAUAAUAGUAAUAUUGACAAUAACAAACGUUAAAUGUUGGAUGAUGAUAAUGAUAAUGACAGCGAUGGUCACGAUGAUGAUAAUGCUGACAAUGAUGACAGUGAAAAUAUAAGGAUAAUAAUGAUGGGGAUGGUGAGCAUCAUCGUCUCGAUAAAAACAGCGAUGAUGACAAAACCGGAAAUGACUAACACUAAUUAUGAAAUGAUCGUAAUGAUAAGAAUAAUAACGAGAACUUCUGCAGUGAAUCCCAACCCCGGCUUCGGGUGUGUCAUCCCGCAGACUUGUACAGUUCACAGCCGCCCGUUCGCCUAGAGUCCGUGCAGAAAAUCUACGGACUAUAUACGGACUAUCUAAUCUAAACUCCAAGAUCGUGCUACUAUCAACAUGCCCUUCAAGAUGACGUGGCCUUCCUGUCUCUUCUGAUUUGUGUAUGAGAACAAAACCGUGUUUUUUU